UGCUCCCCUCUGUCUAGCCCCUCCUCCUCGGCAUUGAAAAGGGCUGGCUCGGCAGUGGCUCCUUGCAGUCGACGAACUGUCAGGGCGGGAGGAGGCGUGAGCAGCCUUGAGCCAGAGCAGCCAGCAGUCAGCAGCCAGCAGCCCGCGAAGAAAAGCAGAAGGCACACGGAACCUAGCGCUCUAAGUGUCAGAGCCCCAGGCGACCCCAGGCAGCGCCGGCAGCCCAGCCAGUCCCGGCCGCCCCAGCAGCCUCACCACUGCCUGCACCACUCAAGCUGCUCCGCGGACUGCGAGCUGUGGCGGUAGAUCCCGCUACAGCAAUCGCAGUCUCCGUGGAGCGGGCGGAAGCCCUUUUUUUCUCCUUUUCGUCCACCUCUUCAUUCUACAUAAGAGGAAUCAUACAGGGUCUUCUGUGGACUGAUACAGAGAACUGUCACAAUCGUGCCUGGUAUGGACUUGUUGUCCGGGACGUAUAUAUUUGCGGUCCUGUUAGCAUGCGUCGUGUUUCAGUCUGGCGCCCAGGAGAAGAAUUAUACGGUCCGAGAAGAAAUGCCAGAAAACGUCCUGAUAGGCGACUUGUUGAAAGACCUCAACUUGUCGCUUAUUCCUGACAAGUCCUUAACAUCUCCAAUGCAGUUUAAGCUGGUGUACAAAACUGGGGAUGUGCCAUUGAUUCGGAUUGAAGAAGGUACUGGUGAGAUCUUCACUACUGGCGCUCGCAUCGAUCGUGAGAAAUUAUGUGCCGGAAUAAUAUUGGAUGCCCGUUGCUUUUACGAAGUGGAGGUUGCCGUUUUGCCGGAUGAAAUAUUUCGACUGGUUAAGAUACGCUUUCUGAUAGAAGAUAUAAAUGAUAAUGCACCAUUAUUCCCAGCAACCGUUAUCAACAUAUCAAUUCCAGAGAACUCGGCUAUAAACUCUCGAUAUUCUCUCCCAGCGGCCAUUGAUCCCGACAUAGGAAUCAAUGGAGUUCAAAACUACCAUCUAAUUAAGGGUCAAAACAUUUUUGGGCUCGAUGUCAUUGAAACGCCAGAAGGGGAUAAGAUGCCACAGCUGAUUGUCCAAAAGGAGUUAGAUAGAGAAGAAAAGGAUACCUAUGUGAUGAAAGUAAAGGUCGAAGAUGGUGGCUUUCCUCAAAGAUCCAGUACAGCUAUUUUGCAAGUAAGUGUAGCUGAUACAAAUGACAACCAGCCAAUCUUCACAGAGCAGGAAAUUGAAGUCAGUAUACCAGAAAAUGCUCCUGUAGGCUCUUCAGUGACACAGCUACAUGCCACAGAUGCUGACAUAGGUGAAAAUGCCAGGAUUCAUUUCUAUUUUAGCAAUCUAAUCUCCAACAUUGCCAAGAGAUUGUUUCACCUUAACACCACUACCGGACUUAUCACUGUCAAAGAACCCCUGGAUAGAGAAGAAUCACCAAGCCACAAGUUACUAGUUUUGGCCAGUGAUGGUGGAUCGAUGCCAGCAAGAGCCAUGGUAUUGGUAAAUGUUACUGAUGUCAAUGAUAAUGUUCCAUCAAUUGACAUAAGAUACAUUGUCAAUCCAACCAAUGGUACUGUGCUCCUUUCAGAGAAUGCUCCACUAAACACCAAAAUUGCUCUAAUAACUGUGAUGGAUAAAGAUUCUGACCACAAUGGUAGGGUGACAUGCUUCACAGAUCAUGAAGUCCCUUUCAGAUUAAGGCCAGUAUUUAGUAAUCAGUUCCUUUUGGAGACUGCCGCAUUUCUUGACUAUGAGUCCACAAGAGAAUAUGCCAUUAAGUUAUUGGCAGCUGAUGCAGGAAAACCACCUUUGAAUCAGUCAUCCAUGCUCCUCAUCAAAGUCAAAGAUGAAAAUGACAAUGCUCCCAUUUUCACUCAGCCCUUCAUAAGUCUUUCUGUCCCUGAGAAUAACUCUCCUGGGACCCAGUUGACAAAAAUCAGUGCAACUGAUGCAGACAGUGGACGGAAUGCUGAAAUCAGCUACAUGCUGGGUAUUGAUGCACCACCUGAAUUCAACCUGGAUCGCCGCACAGGCAUUCUGACUGCAGUGAAGAAACUAGAUAGGGAGAAACAGGAAAAAUAUUAUUUCACAGUCCUGGCAAAAGAUAAUGGAAUUCCACCGUUAAUGACCAAUGCCUCAGUUUUCUUGACUGUCCUUGAUCAAAAUGAUAAUAGCCCAAUUUUCACUCACAAUGAGUACAACUUCUAUGUCCCUGAAAACCUUCCAAGACAUGGCACAGUAGGAUUAAUCACUGUGACAGAUCCUGAUUAUGGAGAGAAUUCUGCAGUCACUCUCUCCAUUUUAGAUGUGAAAGAUGAGUUCACCAUUGAUCCACAGACUGGUGUCAUUAGGCCAAAUAUUUCAUUUGAUAGAGAAAAACAAGAAUCUUACACUUUCUAUGUAAAGGCAGAGGAUGGUGGUCGUGUAUCACGUUCUUCAAUGGCUAAAGUCACCAUAAAUGUGGUUGAUGUCAAUGACAACAAACCAGUUUUUGUUGUCCCUCCUUCCAACUACUCCUUUGAAUUAGUUCUGCCAUCAACUAACCCAGGCACAGUUGUCUUCAAGGUAGUGGCCAUUGAUAAUGACACUGGCAUGAAUGCAGAGGUUCAUUACAGCAUGGUGGGGGGAAAUACAAAAGGACUCUUUAUGAUUGACCAAACAACAGGUAACAUCACACUGAAGGAGAAAUGUGUUGUUGCAGAUCUUGGUUUACACAAGCUGAUAAUCAAAGCUCAGGACUUAGGACAACCUGAUUCUCUCUUCAAUGUGAUAAUUGUCAAUCUAUUUGUGAACGAGACCGUGACCAAUGCAACACUUAUUCAUGAAUUGGUGCGCAAAAGCAUUGAAGCACCAGUGACCCAAAGUACUGAGAUAGCUGAUGCAUCCUCACCAACCAGUGACUAUGUCAAGAUUAUGGUGGCCAUUGUGGCUGGUACCAUAACUGUAAUUCUAGUGAUUUUCAUCACUGCUGUAGUAAGAUGUCGUCAAUCUCCACACCUUAAGGCUUCUCAGAAAAACAAACAGAAUUCUGAAUGGGUUACUCCAAACCCAGAAAACAGACAAAUGAUGAUGAUGAAGAAAAAGAAGAAAAAGAAGAAGAAGCAUGCCCCUAAGAACUUGCUUCUUAACUUUGUUACUAUAGAAGAAGCAAAGACAGAUGAUGCUGACAAUGACAGAAACAGUGUUACAUUAGACCUCCCCAUUGAGCUUGAAGAGCAAACCAUGGGCAAAUACAACUGGGGCACUACACCUUCUACCUUUAAGCCUGACAGCCCUGAUUUGGCUCGCCACUAUAAAUCUGCUUCUCCUCAGCCUACCUUCCAGAUCCAGCCGGAAACUCCCCUGAAUUCCAAGCACCACAUCAUCCAAGAACUGCCUCUUGAUAACACUUUCGUAGGCUGUGAUUCCAUCUCCAAGUGUUCUUCCAGCAGUUCUGAUCCCUACAGCAUCUCUGAGUGUAGUUAUCCAGUGACAACCUUCAAGACCCCUGUGUCUGUGCAUACCAGACCGCAAAUGAAGGAAGUGGUACGGUCCUGCACCCCCAUGAAAGAGGCAACAACUGUGGAGAUCUGGACUCAUCCUCAACCACAGUUUAUCCCAAAUCAGCGGAAAACUGAAGGGAAAAAGGCAGGAAAGUCCCAGAGGCGUGUCACAUUUCACCUACCAGAAGGCUCUCAAGAAAGCAUUAGUGAUGGUGGAGUGGGAAACCAUGAUACUGGCAGCCUUCCCAGCACAUCCCAUGCCCUGCCUCUUGGCUAUCCUCAGGAGGAGUACUUUGAUCAUGCAGCACCAAACAACCGCACUGAAGGGGAUGGUAACUCUGAUCCUGAAUCUACUUUCAUUCCUGGAUUAAAGAAAGCUGCGGAAAUUACUGUGCAGCCAACUGUGGAAGAGGCCUCUGACAACUGCACUCAAGAAUGUCUCAUCUUGGGCCAUUCAGAUGCCUGCUGGAUGCCAGCUUCUCUGACCCAUGCCAGCCCUCCUCAUGCCCAGACCUCUGCUCUAUGUCACAGCUCGCCCAGGACACAGGCAUCUGCUCGCCCAUGCAGCCCUCCAGUGACACAGACCAUUGUUCUCUGCCACAGCCCUCCAGUGACCCAAACUAUUGCACUGUGCCACAGUCCUCCAGGAGCCCAGGCCUCAGCUCUCCAUCACAGUCCUCCUCUACCACAGGCUACUUCUCUUCACCAGAGCCCACCACCAGCACAGGCCUCCGCCCUGCGCUACAGCCCUCCCCCAGCCCAGGGGGCUGCAAUCCACCAUAGCCCUCCCCUGCAGGUGGCUGUUCUCCAUCACAGCCACGCCCAACCACCAAUGGGUCUGCAGCAGGGCUGGGUACAAGGUGCUGGAGCUGAUGGACUCCGUUCACUUGAUCAGGGAGUACAAGGUGGUACAAGAGUGCAGUUUUACACCAUGUCUGAAAGACUUCAUCCUAGUGAUGAUUCAAUUAAAGUCAUUCCCUUGACCACUUUCACUUCCGGUCAACAGGCCAGACCCUCUCGGGGUGACUCCCCCAUUAUGGAAGAGCACCCCUUGUAAAGCUAAAAUUUCAGACAUGUAUAUAGUCAAAGACUACCACUCAAUUUUGAUGAAUAUUCCAAAUUUUUAAGUUUGUAAAUAGUUCUGUAAAUAGAAACAGACAACAGGAUAAGUCUAGAGCUAGACCCUUAGUCAAAACAUAAAAGUACAUUAUUUGUUUAAUUCGGAGUGUGAAUUUAAAAAAAGAAAAGAAAUUUUAAAAGUUUGUAACCAUCUGUAUAGAAAGGCUUAUAAUGGCAGAAGUUAAUAUGUAGUGAACAUGAUUUCUGAUGUACUGUAAUGGGUUUUCACUUUUACCACCAUGUGCAAUAUUACUGAUUUCUUCCAUUCUGAUAUUUUUGUGGACCUGGUAUGUAACAAAUGGAAAAUCAGCAAGUAUAUGAUUUUUCACACUUCCUUUAGUUUCUGCAAACUUUGGCUUAGAUAAAAUUAGAUGGUGUAAGUACUAUAGCACCUAUUUUUUUCUUUAGUUCAGGUUUCCUUCACUGUUUUUUUUCUCAUUAUUUCUUGCUCACAUUUCUACCUUUCAAAAUGUACAAUAGGGAGUGUAAAUAUGUGUUAGAAUUUUUGGCUCUGUCCCUGUUUUUAAUGUUUUCUACCUUUGUUUCAAGAAUAUAUUGAUAUAAUUUGUAUAUACAUUUUCCAAAAAGAACAUAUAUUUACUGUAUAGCUGCUCUAGAUAUAGAACCAUUUCUCUACUCUUUAGUAGAGUUCGAGACACAGAAGUGCAAUAUCUGGCCCACAUUAGGCAAUUCUUUGCCGAAAAGGCCUAUUUUUUUAUUUUUAUAUCUUUGUACUAUAGUGUAAAGCACAUCAGAAAUAAUAUUGUAUCUGUCAUUUUAAGCCUAUACCCCAUUCUUAAUUAGGAAUUUGUAUAUAACUAUUACAAGGGAAGUUGAUGCAUCCAAUGAGUUAUGAAUAUACAGUGAUUACUGUAAAGUGCUAUCUUGAAGAGAUGAUCAGGAAUAGCUCAAUGGGCUGUUUCAAACAAGUAUAAUUGUAGAUAAAACCCUAUAUGAACUAAACAAGACUAAGGGAUUUUUAUCAACCUAGCUCAAUUUAAUGACAAAAAAAAAUACUGAAAACAAGAUGAACGUCAGGAAGGAACACUUUAAGAAACUUAAUUACAAAUCGACACCAAAUGUAUUACAGCACAGAAUUUCAAGGAGAUGUGCAGAGGGAGAAAUAAGGUUCACGACUGCUUCUUGGGGUGAAUAAGAAAUGCCCCAAUAAGACACACUAACAAAACCUCACAUAUGAACAACAACAACAAAAAAAAAAUGACCUAAGCAAAGAAUACAGUAGUAACUGUAGGAAACAUUAGUUUCCAUUUGAUGUCUGCUCUUAUUUUCUGUUUUUGUCUACUUAACUGGCCGUUAUCUUCUGUGUGCACAUUUCAUAAAUUUACAGAAAUAUGACCAACUUAAUUUUCCUCCAUAGUAAAAGUAAGUGUCAUGUUUCGGUAUCAUACUAAACCAAGAAACAAUUGAUGUUGGGGGGAUGGGUUGAAUAUUUCCUGUUGAUUAAAUUAGAUGUAGACUUUGUAAUGUGUAACUUGAAGAUAUGUAAUUUAUGAUUGUGUGUAAAUGUUGUAAUAUAAACUGUGGUCAAUGUAUAAUUUCAUGUGUAGUUUUCCACUGAUUGUCAAGAAAAGUUUUUCAUGUGCCCGGCAGGUUAAGUAGCGUUUCCAGAAUAUAUUGUUCCCCUUGUGAAGCUCUUUAGAUUGUAUAUGAUUUGGUGUGUAGAAUAACUUCUUAAUGUUUAACUACUAGAGUUUAAUUAGUGAAAUUUAAAAUUAAUUAGUGGUAUUGAUUUUUUCCCUUUGUUGUGUUUGUUAGUGUUCCAAGAGAUUUGUAGCACAAUGGUUUUCCAGGUGCACAUAAGCCCUGAAGGAUUGAUGUUUGAAAUUUUAUUGAGAUAAGGUCAUGUACACAUGUUGAUAUUGUUGUUGCUAUUGGUAUUUUUAAAGAAUAUUAAGAACCUGGGGAAGAUAAAGAAACCCAGAAUGACAAAAUCAGCGCUUCCAGUAGAUUUUAGAAUUUUGUGUCUCUCAACAAACAAAAAGAUCAUGCGAGUGAGAAAUGUUUCUUCUGUUUUAAUUAUUUCCACAUUUUCAUUCCCACAACCAUAAUUAUUCUCUACACACAAAAAAACACACAUGGAGGUAAAAUAGAUGCUGAGGUUUUAUUAAAAUGUUAUUGAUAAACUGAAUAUUUAUAAUUUGCCAUAUUGAAAAUAUGAAGCCUAAACCAAAGUUAGAUAUUUUGGAAGUGUUUUCUGCUAGUGAGAUGUACUGAAUUACUAGGGAGGCUCUUAUAUCCUUAUAUUUGUCAAGUUUUGAUACCUUUCCUAGUAAUAUAGGAAUGAACAAAUAUGCUUUUGUUACCCUUUCUAGCUCUGUUUUUAUAACCAGACUUAGAAAGUGUUUAGAAAAUUAAAUGACUGGGCACCCUCUUCUGGGUUUGUACCAGAGAGGAAACAAAUGGAAGCAGGCUUCAGAAAGCCAAAGAGGCAAGGGGUGUGAGCCCAGUUAUUCUCCCCUAUGCAUUCUCUUUCUUAGCUUCCACUAGGUAUGGCCUUGGAAACCAGUUACUUCCAUGGCUUCAGAUUUGAUGAGAUAUUUCUCAUCACAUUACAAAUUAUUUCUUUGAAUGGAUGGACAGAGCUAAAGGUUGAAAAAGCUCACAGGUUGUUUUUCUGAUAAGCAAAAUAUGAAGUUCUGCAAUUGCAAAAUAUCUUAUUUUACCACCAAAUAAAAAUCUUUUCCUCAUACAGAAUGAUUUGGUUUUCUUUGAAAUCAGAUUGUAAAUUCAAUGAUUUGGUAUUGUCAUAAUAUAUUCACUCAGACUGGUUAUUCUACUUUAUGGCCAUAUUCAGUUAAUGUAUGAUUGUUAAUAGUCUAACUAUAGAAUUAAUAUACAUCUGUAACUGUAUUCAGACACUGUGGAUCUCAUAUACUAAAUACAUACAUACAUUCCUUUCUUGAACUUUAUCUUCAAGUUUUAACUAAUACUGUGUGAAUGUAUUAAAACUAGCUUUUACAUAUGAUACCAACAAUAUAAUCAAUUUAGAGAAUACAUUUUGUGUAGUCUCAUUUAGUUAUUUAACAUAUUAUUUUAAAUCAUGCAAAUUUGGUUAUAAAAAUUGUUAAAUGACGAGUGUUAUUGUGUAGUGGUGACAGUAUGAAGAGCUUCUGCCUUCCCAAACUAAUUUUUGUCACACACUUUCAUUAAAUAUAAAAAAAGCAGACUAAAUAGAUAUAAAUUGGGCAGGCCUUAAAAUGCAAUCAUGUCAAAUGCAAAAAUUAUCCUUUCCAGUCCAGAGAAAAAUUAAGUGGUGAUUACUUACAAGCAUAGUUUAAGAACAGUGUUUAAUUAUUUGUAUUAAGAAUGAAUGUGCAUAUAUCUCCUAACAUACAUUUAUUAUUUUUUUCCUUUGUAUUCUUCAGAUUUAUUUCCUUUUCUUGUGAUUUUUAUUUCAAUCUUUGCAAACAAAGGUCAUAGGUACAUUUAAGUAAAAUUUUUCUCACAGACAUUGGGCACUGUUUUGGCAAUAAAGAGGCCAAAAUGUCCUAACUAGCAUGAGAGCAAGAGAAGCUGGACCAUAUUUGGACAGAAAACUAUUUUAUAUUAUGUGCCAAUUACCGAACGAGAGAGUUUUAUAUAGACACUUUAAAAUAUUCAUCUUCAGUAUCUUUCUUACACUAACCAUCCAAGUGCUUUCCAUGAAUAUGAUUGUUAAAAGUAUUGCAAGUUUAUAGCAGCAGGAGUAGAAAAGAAAAGGCUGCUCAGCAAAGAAAAUGUGUGUGCACAAAUGAAAACAAAAUGAAGGCAAUUGUUUAGUGGUUAUAUGUGAAACUUUAUAAAUAAAAUUUGUGAAACUAAUGCUGUCCCUGCUUAAAUAUUUGAAAUUUUAUGAAAUAUAUAUUUAUGUUUGUAUUUUGGGAAGAAUCCUCCUCUGUGACAUCAUAUGGCAUCUGAAAAUGAACAGUAUCCCAAGGCAAUUCUAGCCAUGCUUUGGAAGUGCGAGGUUUGGAUACUUUAUGGCCUGGGUUGGCAGUAUGUAGUCCAGUGGCAAAUGUGCAUUAAUUGUUCUAUUUCAGGUUCUGUAUUGCAUGUUUCUUAUUCAUUAAUAUAUAUAUAUAUAAAUAAAGCAGUUAUGAAAAAUAA